AUGGAUCUCGUUAACCAGAAGACUCCUCUUCGCAGUCCCCAAGAGCAAGUCCCCCGUCCCAUCCGCCCAUCCCCCAACCUGAAAGGACGCCUCCAACAAGCAACCCUCGACCUCCUCUCCGGCUGCGACAUCCAAUUCCGCCGCGAAAACCGCCUCGACAUCGCGCUGGUCAAGAACCUGCCUAUCGCGCUCAUCUUCCUCCCCGCCGCCGACAUCCCCACCUUCAUCGGCGAGGGCCGCGUCGAUCUCGGCAUCACGGGACGCGACCAGGUCGCCGAGCACGAUGCGCAGCUUCACCUCCCCGAGGGCGAGGUCUCGGGCGUGCAGGAGAUCCUGGACCUCGGAUUCGGCGGGUGCAAGCUGCAGGUCCAGGUUCCGGAGAAGGGAGACGUCCAGACGGUUGAGCAACUCAUUGGCAAGAACGUGGUGACGAGCUUCACGGCGCUGAGCGAGCAGUUCUUCGCCAAGCUGGAGAAGGAGAACGGCGCGGACAAGAAGACCAACAUCAAGUAUGUUGGCGGCAGUGUGGAGGCAGCCUGCGCGCUUGGUGUCGCUGAUGGAAUCGUUGACCUUGUCGAAUCCGGCGAGACAAUGCGCGCAGCCGGGCUAAAGGCCAUCGACACCGUCGUCGAGAGCACCGCCGUCCUCGUCAAGAACCGCAACACCACGAACCCGCUCGUCGACCUCAUCGCCUCCCGUGUCCGCGGUGUCAUCACCGCCAAGAAGUUCGUCCUCUGCCAGUACAACAUCCCCCGCGACAGCCUCUCAACCGCCAGCAGCAUCACACCCGGCAAGCGCGCGCCCACUGUGACCGCGCUCGAAGAGGACGGCUGGGUGGCCGUCAGCUCGAUGGUCGAGAAGAAGCAGAUUGCCACGGUCAUGGACGAGCUGACCAAGGUUGGCGCCACGGAUAUCUUGGUCUUGAGCAUCACCAACUCGCGGACAGACUAG